AUGAGUAGUAUUGUGAAUAAAAGUGGCACACGUUUUGCGCCCAAAAUCAGGCAACGUAGAAUAGCUACUAGUGGAACGCCGACACCAAAACCAAGAACGCCUCAGCUGUUCAUGCCUGAGAGUAAAGAAAUCGACAUUGACAAUAGUGAUAAUGACAAAGCUACUGAUACCAAGAAGGCUUCAGAAGUAGAAGAGCACUUUUUAGAAGGCUCUACAUUAGCUACCAGUGCCAGAAAUGACGAUGAGUUAGAAGAGAAUGAAGGGCCUGUUGAUGCUUCCACCCAAAAGCCUACAUCGAACAUUAUAGAAGAGAGCGAGAAACUGCAACUAGCACCUACCCAAACACAACGUGAACAAAAGAGAUCGAGGUCGAGUAGGUUAGCCUCAUUGAGUAAAGAUAGCGAAAGUCGCCCAAGUUUCAAGCCAUCGUUCUUGGAUUCUUCAGGUAAUAAUAAUGGUCCUGCUCGACGUCUAUCCACAAUAUCCAGUAAGGUUCCGAAGAAAAUAAGGUUAGGAAGUAUUACAGAAAAUGAUUUAAACUUGAAAACUUUCAAAAGGCAUAGAGUAUUGGGAAAACCAUCGUCGACUAAAAAAUCGGCAAGUGCACACAGGAUUAGUAUUGUCUCCAAAAUUGCACCACCUACCGCAAUGAAUGAUUCUGUAGACAAGAGUGAAUCUUCACCCGAAAGUAUUCUUUUGGCAGGAGCCAAUGAAAAUGAAAACUACGUAAUCAGUAAAGUUAAAGAUAUUCCUAAAAAAGUAAGGGACGGAGAGUCUGCCAAAUAUCUUAUUGACGAAGAGAAUUUUACGAUGGCUGAGUUAUGCAAACCAUCUUUCCCUAUUGGCCAAGUAUCAGAGAACUUUGAGAAAUCUAAAAUGGCUAAAAAGGCUAAAUUAGAGAAAAGAAAACAUCUUAGGGAGUUAAGGAUGCGUGCACGUCAAGAAUUCAAACCUUUGCAAUCGUUGACAAAAGAAGAACAGCAAGAAGAAGAGGAGAAAAGAAAGGAAGAGAGAAAUAAAGUAUUCAAUGCAGACAUUCCUGAGUCGGACCGCAAAGCCCAUACGGCAAUUCAAUUGAAGCUUAAUGCUGAUGGUACUAUGGCUAUUGAUGAAGAGACCAUGGUUGUUGACAGGCACAAAAAUGCUAGUAUUGAAAAUGAUUAUAAGGAAAAAGUUGAUGAGAAUCCAUUCGCCAACCUUUAUAAUUAUGGUUCAUAUGGUAGGAAUUCUUAUACAGACCCUUGGACUGUGGAAGAGAUGAUAAAAUUCUAUAAAUCACUAUCUAUGUGGGGGACAGAUUUCAAUUUAAUAUCGCAAUUAUAUCCUUAUAGGUCAAGAAGACAAGUAAAGGCUAAGUUUGUUAACGAAGAGAAAAAACAUCCUAUACUGAUUGAAUUAGCUCUUCGGUCUAAAUUACCUCCAAAUUUCGACGAGUAUUGUUACGAAACAAAAAGGGACAUUGACACGGUAGCAAAUUUCAACGAGAAAUUAGUUGAAUUACAGAAUGAACAUGAACAACAUAUGAAGGAAAUCGAAGAAGCCAAAAAUACAGCAAAGGAGGAAGAUCAAACUACACAAAGGCUAAACGACGCCAAUUUGAACAAGAAAGGGUCCGGUGGUAUUAUGACGAAUGACUUGAAAGUUUAUAGAAAGACAGAAGUUGUUUUGGGUACAAUUGAUGACUUGAAAAGAAAGAAGCGUCAAGAAAAAGAUGCAAAUGGAAACGAGGAUAAUGAAGGGAGUGGAGCAGAAUCUGAAGUCGAUUAG